UACUGAAGUUUUUUUGCCUCCUUUAUGUUUUCAAUCAUCGAUAUUGUCGUAGAAUACGUUGAACCGGGGGUGAAAGGAUGAUAUUACAAGGGCGUGAAGAGUGAGGCUUGCUUUAAAUUGGCCAAUCACCGACGAGAUUUUGCUGCGUGCUUCGCGUGUGCGUUAGUUUCAAAUUUGUUGCCACGAACGAGAUCAGGGAGCGGGCGGGUUGAAGACUUUAAGCCAAUCGAUUCUUGUUACAACUGCAGCUUAGUAGAACUUCAUUUUAGCCCACAGUCCCGUUAAGACUACUUGGCAGCCUGCGUAGGAGGAUAAUGGCUGGCAACUUUGAGAGAUCUGAUGCAGUAGAGAUAGUGGAGCUGUUUGACGAUCCUGAAGUAGCAACAAACUCCGCUGAAACACCAUCGUCUAGGAAUGAAGUUCAACCACAAGAAGCAGAUCUGAGGAACGAACAGUCCAGGCUGCCGGAGCAAGCUGAUAAACCUGAUGGUUCUGAAAUUGAGAAGGAACUCGACGAUGCUUUGAAUAAAGGAGAUUUCGAUGAUAUUAAUCAGAAAGUGACUCCAAAAACCCUGGCAAGCUGUAAAAGUAAUACCUUACUCAAAACGUUUCAGGUCAACAAAGCACUUCAAGAUUUAGCACAUGAUGAGAACUCGGAGAAAGAUGAUGUAAAAAUGCUGGAAAAAUCUAUAGAUGAGUUCAUAUCAGCCUUAAUAGACCCUCUAAAAGCUGACCCCGAUACCAAAAAAUCAUUUCAAAGUUGUUUUGACGAUGUGAUUGACAAGGCAAUCGACACAGAGCAGAAGAAGUUCAUCUCUCACCCAGUGGUGUAUGACUUGCUCAACACUACAUGGUACCGCUCCUUUUUCUCAACAAGAAAGAAAUCAUGGCGGUCACCUGGACGCUGGGGAUACUUUUUUCUCAACCUUUGGACAGUGUUUGACUUCGUCUUGUUUCCCUUCCUCUUUGCCAUUUUCUUCGUUGUGCAUUUGAUAAAACGGGUCUUGAGGAGAAGAAGAGAAAUUGAAAUGUGUUUUGUUUCGACGCUGGACAAGGAUGGGCCAAGAGAGGAAUUUGAUCUAAUCAAAAAGACGAUGAACUACAUCAUUCAGGAAUAUGGCUACCAAUCUGCCAGCUACUGUGAGAUUUUACGUAAAAACAACAAAUUGAUUUGUGACAUGAACUUUGAAACGAGUUGCUCUGGUGAGGCCACACUGCAUAAUAGGAUUGUCGAGUUAGAGCAGCCAAGCUCUCCUGCUCUACUCUCUGAAUAUCUCGAAGCUGUUUAUCGUGUAUUCAGAACCCCAAACGUUCGAGAAGAAGCUAAGAAGGUUGUCGUGUUUUUUCUUAAUUACACAUUGGAUAUGUCAAUGGAAAAAACUGUGGAGCUACAGAGAUUAGUAGAGGAUAUAAAGGAUAUGCAAGUUAACAUCGUUCCCGUCGGUAUUGGGGAGAACGCCAAAUUAUCAGAAUUAAAAUGGAUGGCAACUAAAGAUGGCACAGCACUUCACUUUGGAGAAUACGAGUCACCCGAGACGUUAGGGACAGCGGUCAUACAAGGUAUCGAGGGAAAGGACAUCUAUGAGAGAUACAAAGAUUACUUUACGACUCCUUAUUUCGUCUUUUGUCGCGACACGCUGAGCUAUAUCACCCUCCUCGUCCUUCUAUUCGCUCUUUGCCUGUCCCCUUCAACUCUUUCCUUCAGUCGACUAGAAUUGGUCAUAUCAGUUUUCUUCGUGGGACGCAUUGUAAUGGAGAUAGAGCAGUUUAUCAUGAUUAGGCAUGAAAAGAACGGAGUGAAAGCGCGCAAAGGGAAGAGAAAUAGUGUCGGAUCCACCCGCCAAGCAUGUUCACCUGAGGAUCCACAGGAGACAAACGAGGCAGGAAAUGACAGCAUUUUGCUAAAGACGUUUACUGGUUACUUCAGUGACCGCUGGAAUUUGCUUGACUUCGUCACUCUUGUUUUGUACCUGAUUACCAUUAUAUUACGCAUAAUCACAUUAAGGAUCUCCACUGACGUAUCAGAAAACAGACCCUUGAUUGUGUCGGAGUAUUUCUAUGGUUUUAUUGCCAUGUUUCUUGCACUAAGAGCCUUUGGUCAAGUCAUAGAGCGCUUGCGGAAAAUGGGUACAAUACAAAUCGCCCUAUUCUUUAUCAUGUCUGAUGUCUUGGGGAUAUUUUGGCAGUUUGUGGCUUUGAUACUGGCUUUUGCGCUGCCCAUUACAAAGAUUUAUAUAGCUGAGAAAGCUUAUACUUCAGGAAGAGAUUCCGCGGAAGAUUUUAUUUCAAGGGUAUGCAGUGAACCAGGGAUACUUUGUUGGUGGGACAUAGCGACACACCUAACCUGGUCCUUGCUGGGUUUAGCUGAAGUGGAUAAGUUGGACGCCGCCGACUUUCCUUCCGUUUUUUUUAUUCGUCUGCUGUACGGCUUGUUCUUAAUCAUGGUAGUUGUUCUUCUCGUGAACAUGAUGAUUGCUUUGCUCUCCAAUACGUAUCAGCAGGUUCAGGAUAAUUCACUGCAUGAGUGGUCUUUCAAGAGAGCCAUUAUUGUUAGGACUUACAGUAAGAGUCAUCCAAUACCAGUGCCUUUCAACAUUUUGUCUGUCCCACUAAUGUUACUCUGGAACAUCGUUUAUCCGUGUUGCACAUCGUCUGAAACUCGUGGUUUGGAUGAGGAAGGGCGGAGAGGAACCCUGAAUAAAUUGGUGAAGAAGCUAGAAAGAAGAUACAUUGAGAAGUACGGUUAUGAAUUUCCCCUUACAGAGGAAAGAAAGAUGGAUCACUUGGUUAGACAAAAUGAAGGAGGUCGGAAAAUGACUAAUCAGAUUGUACGGGAAGUAUUCCAAACGCAUGGAAACAAGGCGAAGAAACUUGCGUUUGGCCAAAGUGCGUGGGAUAACUCGCAGGGAAUUGCUGUGGAUGGCUGCCUCCUAACUUACUUAGGACCUGAUUUCUGCGAAAAAUGCCGCGAAGAUGGAAAGCGUACCAACAUUCACAGUGCCAAAUUAAAUUCUCCCUUUACAGAAGAGACACCACGAUUUGAGGUACUCAUUCAGGGGACUGGAGAGGGGCGCAUUAUAGCACUAGGUGUUUUGAAUGAAGAUUUCGACUGUCACAAAAUACCUGGUUGUGGUAUUGGAACAGUUGGUUACCAUGUAGACGAUGGGAAAAUAUUUGAAGGUGGCUACCCUGAAGUGGGAAGAGAGAUUGAAGGAGCCGUGGCUUACCGCGGCGAUCUCAUCGCUUGUGAAGUUGAUUUUGUAGAAGUCCCUGAUGGUAAAAUCUCUGUGUUGUUCUCCUUGAACGGUGAAGAAGUAGGGCGUUCUUCAGUGGAGUAUAACUCUAAACAAACUCUAUAUCCCAUCGUCUCAAUGGGAUCUCCAGGCAUUAAAGUGCUGGCAAAGAUGUGCUAUCGAGACCGUUUCAAUAGAGUAACAACUGAAGACAUUCAGAAGGAAAUUAAAAUUCUGCAGGAUAAUUUUCAGGAUCUGAAGAGGAUGUUGCUGGAUCUGAGAAAGAAGUAGAGGAGAAAGAAGGGGAAGGAAAAGUCUUUAAGAAACUGCCGUACAUCAGGUGAUGAUGUAAAAUCGUGCACUUUGAUGGAUCUGCGAGUUGACCAGCUGUAAUCUUGGAUAUCUGUGUGUUGUCGUUAUUUUGAAUAAAUGAAAGGAUGCAUUUUAAUGCAAACUUUAUCUAUAGCUGUAAA